AUCUGAUUCGAAAUAUCCAACCAGUCAAUCGGUACACGACAAAAUAAAAAAGAAAAACCCCAUUUCCUAGCCAUAAGCUCGGAAGAAGCUUGAGUAGCUAUCUCAGGUGGCAAGCCCUGAUGCCCUUUCAGCUUAAAUUUCCUUUUUAUAUUAUCAAAUCACAUUUUUGCUUCCCUCUGACGCAAACUCCAAAACCCUAACAUGGAACCCUCACCACCCGAGGAUUUCGAAGAUUACGGACCGUCAUCAACACUUAUCGGGUUUGAUCGCCCGCUUCCCUUGCUCCGUGGCCCCGUCCCGGUUGGUCCGCUUGAUGAUUCAUCGACCGGUUUGUUCGUUCUUGCAUUCCGUAACCCCAGAGCUUGGGCGAAAGCGUACAGAGCCUGUGAGUCCAAGAUUAUCGACCAGUGCGUCUCUGGAGCCAGGAUCGGGUGCUCGAUCAGCGCCUCGAGCAAGUGCAAGCCCUCGUGGUGGCUGAAUCUGACUGGUUUUACGGCUUCGGAUUUGAAGGAGAGGGAGCAAUGUGAAGAGCGUGAAAUGAACGGCUGUUUGGCGGUGGCAAAGGAGAAGUGUUUUGGAUUCGCCAAAGAACGGUGCUUGAAGUCGUUUAGGGAUGCGAGGGUUGUGGAGAGGGGUAGGGGUUUGAAUACAAAGCAGGUUCAGAAGUUGGUUGGCUUGGUAACUAUGGGGGAUAAGAGUACGUUGGUUCGUUUGAUUGGAUUCAAUCAAUUGGUUUCUCAUCGAGAAUUUGGGACAAGGUAUUAUAGGGCCAGUGAGUUACUUGGUUCUUGUAGUGAUAUUGAUUGCAUUCUUGAUGGGUUUAGUGGCAAGGAAUCAUCACAGUAGUGGGAUUUCACUUCGAAAAAAUUAGCUCAUGUUUCACAAAAUUGAAAGCACCUGGAUGGAGUCUAUCUCGGGGCAGUACACACUUGAACCUGGAGCUGCUGUGUCAUUGCUGAGUGCUUUUUCAUUGCCGGUGACUGGUUUAGUCUCAUUUCCAAUCUAUCGGUACUGUCUGCCACAGUUUGGAGAAACAUUAGGACUCCAUCUAAAUCGAGGAUUCAAAUAGUAUGCAGCUGCAUGCAAGUUACGGUGCAAUUGAAACUCCCACUUUUGAUCGAUGAUAUCCCAAAUCUCCUAAUAGGAAGACAAGUCUCCAUCUAGGUUCUUGGUUAUGUUUUCCUUUGCCUCAUCCAUAGCACCAUAAAUGAACCCCAUUGUCGGGUUUUCACCAUCAACUAAUCUUAAUACAUGGACAAGGGGCUUAGUGGUUUUCCAAAUGUUGUUGAGAAGCUUCAAGAGUUAGACACUGAGACUCUUGACUACUUGAUAUCCAACACCCUCAGAGACCUUUAAUCUGUUAUGCUGAAGCUUAACCACACCCAUGCAAGGGCUAAGGGCUCUGCUAUUGCUCACAGGAAGAAACUGAAGGCCAACGAGGUUGAAUUCAAGGCGGAGAAGGAUGCCCGUGUUGAGUUUUAUGCCUUAAAUAAAACUCAUUUUAUAUAAUAAGAUUUACUUAUUAAUAAAGAUCAGAAAUAACAUUUUAUGUUGCAUGGUUCA